CAGUCUACUUCGGUCUGGAUCAGUCCGGUUCAAUUUGGUUCGAGAGUGACGGCCAUGUUGAAUCCUCUGAGGAUCCUCCUCUCUGCCACAAAAUCUCUGCCGACCCGCCGCUGCUCAGGCUACGUCUCCAGGAUGAGGUAUGUGAACGGGCUGAAGGAGGAUGAUUCGUUGUGUGAUGCAGCGCUGCAGAGCGGUCGCAUUCUCUUGUUCCAUCGUCUUUCUCCUCUGCUGCAACGAACCGAGAGAGGAACCUUCAGACCAGCAGCAUUCAACAGCUCAGAUGUGCAGUUGAUUCUGGAGAGACUCGGUUCAGACAGAUCCCUGCUGAAGGAAGCGGUUCUUCUUGGGUGUUCUGAGCAGAACCAGGCUGAGUUCUGUUUGGACCUUGGAGAACUGGAUCAGGCAGCAGUAGAAGAAGAGUGUGAAGGAAACUUUGUGGACCUGAGGAAAUCAUUCUUCCUGCUGACCGGAGCAGAGGCGCCUCUCGUGUCCAAGGGUCAGGCUCUGCUGCGCUGGCAUCAAACCAGCAGGUUCUGCAGCGCUACGGGUCAACCGACACACCGCAACCAGGCAGGCAGUCAGAGAGUCUGCAGCAGCACCGGCACCAUCUACUAUCCAAAGUCUCUCCUGGUCUUCCUGCAGAUGUCUCCAGUGGUGAUGUUCCUGGUGUCUGAUGGGAAACGGUGUUUGUUGGGUCGACAGGCCUCUUUCCCUCGAGGGAUGUAUAGUGCUCUGGCUGGUUUCUGUGACAUGGGUGAGUGUCUGGAGGAGGCUCUAUGCAGGGAGGUGGCGGAGGAGGUGGGUUUAGAGGUUCAGAGAAUCUCCUACAGCUCCUCACAGCACUGGCCUUUCCCUCACAGCUCCUUCCUGCUGGGCUGCCACGCCUCUGUUAGCCCCGCCCACACCCAGCUGAACGUGGACGUCACAGAGCUGGAGGACGCUCGCUGGUUCAGUCUGGAGGAGAUAGACUCCGCCCUUCAGGUGAGGUCCCCGCCCCGGAGAGGCGAUGCCCCCGUCGUCUGGCUUCCCCCGAAACACACCAUCGCCCGCCAGCUCAUCACGGAGUGGACGGACCGACAGCGAGAGUGACGCCAUGUUUUGAAAAGUACUGAGCUCCCAAAACCACGAGGCUCAAACGAGCACUAAGCAUUCUGGGAAGUCAAAAUGAACGCUGCCUUCAUGGACCUUGUGAGCUCGUGGUGACGAUCUUGGAAGUGGUGACGCUGCGAGGCAACGGCAACAUGGACACUCAUAUGAACGUUUGUGUCAGAGGCUGAUGAGUCAUGUGAUGAGUCAUGUGAUCAGCCACUGUCUCCAUGUUUCUAAUGUUUUGUCCUUUUUAUGAAUGCUUAUUUUUUCCUAAUGGAACAGACGUUACUUAACAUGUUCUAUAACUUCUGCAGUAAAACAACAUGUGAAGACUUUAAUAAAACAUGAAGAAGUGAUGAA